AACCUUGUUACAGCAUCUAAACAAGCUUUGGAAGUACCACUUUGAAACGCAACAAUGUUGGCGGAGGUAGGGUCACAGGUUGCCCAGGUUUACGAGGUGCUCUUAAAAGGAGACCCAAUGAUUGAAGAAUAUCCCUUCAUGGUGUCUCCAGUCCCUAUGACGGCUCUCCUGUUGUUCUCUGUAUAUGUUGUACUGUCUUUGGGGCUCAAGCUUAUGGCUGGCAGGAUGCCCUUCGAUCUCAAGAAGAUUAUGGUUUGCUAUAACUUUGCACUGGUGUUUUUCUCAAUAUUCAUAGUCUAUGAGAUCUUGAUGUCUGGCUGGGCAACUGGGUAUACAUUCCGAUGUGAUCCAAUAGAUUACUCCAAUAACCCGAAAGCUCUUCGGAUGGUGCGUGUAGCAUGGCUGUUCUUAUUUUCCAAAUUCAUUGAGCUGUUUGACACAGUAUUCUUUGUCCUGCAGAAGAAGAACAGUCAGAUUACCUUUCUUCACAUAUUCCACCAUUCAGUAAUGCCAUGGACCUGGUGGUGGGGUGUCAAGUUUGGACCAGGUGGCAUGGGAUCCUUCCAUGCCAUGGUGAACUCCAUCGUCCAUGUCAUCAUGUACUUUUAUUAUGGUCUGUCUGCCGCUGGCCCAGCGUUUCAGAAAUACCUCUGGUGGAAGAAGUAUAUGACAGCAAUCCAACUGGUCCAAUUCAUUAUUGUCUCACUGCAUGUCACCCUGUACUACUUCACGGAUCAUUGUGAUUACCAGUUCCCCAUUAUCAUCCAUCUUGUGUGGAUGUACGGAACAUUUUUCUUCAUCCUUUUUUCUAAUUUCUGGUACCAGGCCUAUACCAAAGGCAAGAGGUUGCCCAAGAACAUGGAGCACAAACGCAAUGCAGCUGUGAAGAUUGGCAAACCAGCAGCAGAAAACGGUGGGCACUUGCUGGAAAAUGGGGAGGUGAUGAAUGGGAAAGUAAAGACAAAGUAAUAAUGAAUAACUUUUUAA